GCAUGUGACACUGCAGAGGGGCAGGGACUCCCGGAUGGUUUCACAAUAGUGCUCCACAUUCCCCCGCGCAGAUCCUCCUCCCGACCAGGUCAAACCCCUCCGCACAGACUCGCAGCACUUUGGUUGAAACGAGAGCGGGUUUUUUUUCUUCUUCUUCAAAAUGGCUGAAGUUUCUGUCCGGGCCGAGAGCAAAAGCGAGGGCAUUGUGAUUCACGACGACUGGCCAGGUUACAGCCUGGACCUCUUCAGCUACCCAGCGCACUACUACGGAGACUUGGACUGCGUCAUCAUUCCGCAUGGCGUCAUCAUGGAUAGGACGGAGCGCCUGGCUCGGAACAUCAUGGAUGACCUGGGCGACCAUGACAUUGUGGUUCUGUGCGUGCUGAAAGGAGGUUACCAGUUCUGCGCCGACCUGGUGGACAGGAUCAAAGCUCUCAGCUGCAACUCCGACCACACAAUUCCCAUGAGAGUUCACUUCAUCCGCCUGAAGAGUUACCUGAAUGACCAGUCAACUGAAGAUCUUCACAUUCUCGGAGCAGAAGAUCUGUCUUUUUUAUCUGGGAAGAACGUCUUGAUUGUGGAGGGCAUUGUGGGCACCGGAAAGACGAUGAAGACCCUCCUGAAGCACGUGGAGUCUUUCAGGCCCAAAAUGAUCAAAAUAGCUGGGUUACUGGUAAAGAGAGUGCAGCUCAGCCCAACCUGUGUUCCUGACUAUGUCGGCUUUGAGAUACCCAAUCGUUUUGUGGUUGGCUAUGCCUUGGACUAUAAUGAGUAUUUCAGAGACCUCAAUCACAUAUGUGUGAUCAGCGAAAGUGGAAAGAAGAAAUAUAAAAUCUAAAGAGAGGCCUGUAACCGAGACAACUGCAGCUAAUUUGUCAGCUAACAAUUGUUAACUUGCAACUCCAAAGGUUGCUUCGGAGUUCAAAUAUAGCUCCAAUAAUAUCUUUCCUGCAAAAAUACAUUUUAGUGACUAACCUUAUGGUAUCCAUGAGCAAACUUUGUUGUCUUAAAGUAACUUUAUUCCCCUCGUGUUAAUAGAACUGUUACACACUGUAUGUUUACUACUAAAAUGAGUCUUUUUUUGUGUGAAUCUAAAACUGAUUUAUAUCUAAUGUGACGGGCCAAAUUAUUGUGAUUACAACAAGGACAAAGCUUUUCAUGUGAAAAGAAUGUUCUUAACCAGAGAAUGUUACACGUUCUUGGUGGUAGGUAGCGGCUGUCAUUUGUAAUUCUCAGGGGAAAAUAUUGUAGAAGUGUCAACACUUGUUCUAACUACCUCUUCCUCCCCUGUAUUUCAUUUAGCGUAAUAUCUGUCUGUAGUGUUGUAAUAAAAUAUUUUUUAACCUUUCA